AUGCAGGGGAUACUUGAAUCGCACUUUACUUGUGUCAUCUGUACCACAGUAACGCUAGGUAUCAAACAGUCUUCUUGCUGUGGAACGUCACUGUGCGCCAGCUGUGUGACCAAGACCAAGGGCGACUCAUGUUGCACGUGUCGCAAUAGAACGUUUGUCAUGUUCAAGAACCGCGCUAUACACGAGGUGCUCGAAACUUGUCGUCGGACGUGCGCAGAGUGCGAGGUUGAGCUCAACAUUAUUGCGUUCAAACGCCACCUGUGCCCAGCCCAAGUUACCCAGCUGCCGACUAUAAAGCUGGCCGCCGAUUACGAGUCCCUGCUGCGCGGUGCAUCAUACAAGUGUACGUUAACCAAGCCCCGUGGGUCUCUUGAUGGCGAGCAGAUCCUUAUCGGACAGGUGUCUGCCACGGUACACUCUACGUGUGACAGCGAUGGGGUGGCGAUAGUGUAUAUACCGGAGAGCGAGAAGUAUGCGAAACUAUCCUUACACGCGGCCAAUCAUCUCGUGGUCGAUCGCCAGGAAGCCGAGAAAAAGGCUUGUGAGAACGCGCGACGGGCCGCGGCCGCGGAGUUGGAGUUCAUGUUUGGUCCCUUGGAUGAUGAUCGAGAGUUUGCAUUUGACAGCAGCGAUGUAGAUGAGUCGGACAUCGAGGUGAUAGGCUCCAGCGAUCUUUCAAUGUUACCUGCUAUUUGGAGCGCAAUGACUGUUGCCACCAUGAGUCCGGAAGAGAGACAAAUGUACAAUCGUGUCCUGACCGAUGAUGCGCUGGCAGCGGUACUUCCCAGACGCAGCCGCCGCAUAGAUCGCCGACACUAUAUUGCACCGUUCCACGCUGACCGUUUGCAUGUACGCGUGCUGUCGUCGCGCAAUGUCAAGACACGACGUCAGUUGGUCCCUCAAGACUUUUUGUAA